AUGAUUAGAAUACGGACGGUGAGUGUUCCUAUCCUCGGACAAGUACGAGGAAUAGCGUUCUCAGCAUUCAAGGCGGAGAAGUUUACGACAUAUGAAAAGUUCACUAAACCUGACAAGUUUACUAAAUCUUACAAGAGUAAAGAUUAUUCUAAAGAUAGAAAACCUAAGUCAUAUACAUCCUCAAAGACUCCAUAUAACAACAGACAAAAUGAGAAUGGAGAUGAAGAUCUGGCACUCCCAAGAGGUCUUAGAUCUAAAUUGGAUUAUUUCAUUGAAACAGGUGAUAUCCCAUCCACGCCAAUGAAGAGAAAGAAUAGAUCAAUGAGAUUUGAUCCUACUACAAAAUCAGGUUCUGAAGCUAAAUUGAAAUAUGCUUUGAUGAAAUUAAAGAAUCAAUUCGAUGGAGCUACUUUCUUAAAUCCUGAUGGAACUGUAUUAGAAAUCUUUAAAUUAAAAUCUCAUGAUUUAAAACCAUCCAACCCUAUUUCAAAAAUCAUAUUUGAAAAUAUUUAUAGAGUUAAAAAAUUCAUUAAUACUGGAGUGGAUAGAAAUCUUUUAUAUGCUUUAUUAGGAACAAACUCAUUUCAAAUUAAAGAUUCCUAUUUCGUCACUAGUAAUGUUAUACAAUUAUUAGAAUGGGAUAAAGAUCCUGAAAGAGCAUUACGAUUAUUAAAAAUGGUCGAUAAAGAAGCAGCAGUAGUUGGAAUGAAUACUAUUUGUAAAUGGUUAUUUGAUAAAGGUGAUGUGAAAGCAGCAGUUAAGAACUUCCAUGAUAGAAGUAAAUGGGGAGUAAAGCCAAAUGCUCAAAGUUAUAUUAUCUUAUUCGAUGGAUUAGCUAAAAACCAUGCAUGGGGAGAAGUUACUAAUGGGAUAAGUGAAGAUAUGAUAUCGAUCUUUGAUAAAUAUAGAGAGCAAAGUCAUAAAGCAUUUGAUGGAGUAGUUAAUUCUAAACGGAAGUUUGAUUUACAAAAGAAUAAAACAACGAUUAAUCAUUUUAAUGCAUUAUUGAAUUUCUUAGUGAAAAAUUAUAAUGAUGAUCAAAAAUUAGCAUGGGAUUUCUUUGAUAGAUUGGUUCCUGAUCCAAAAUCUGAUUUACCUAAUUUAAUCCCUGAUUGUCAAACUUUUACCAUUUUCAUUGAUGGAAUAAAUCGUUAUUCAUUAUAUAAAGCUGACCAAAUCAUGAAUUCAAAUGAAUUAUCAGCUAAUGAAAAGGAAAUCAAAUUAUUAGAUAUCCAAGCUAGACAAAUUGAAACUUCAGAAAGUAUCCUUCAAAAAGUAAUAACAGAAGCAACUCCACCUCCACCACCUACUAAAGAAGAAGUUUUACAAAAUCCUGAAUUAUUAGAAGAUUAUAGAAAAGUCAGAAAUAGAAUCCUUAUUGAUAUUGAACCAGCAUUCGCGUCAGUUUUCACAGGUGCUUUCAUUAAUAAAAGUGGAACUGGGGUGAAAUCAACCGUUGGAUCUCAUUAUAGAUAUGUUGAACAAGGUUUAACCUAUUUGAAAUUAUGGUGUAAAGAAAUAAACUCCAUUUUAGAAUUUGCCUAUAAGACAAACCAUACAGAAAUAAAAGAUGGUAUUAUCCAAGCAUCUAAUUCAAUUAAAUCAAUUACUGAUAAUAGAGUUUCUAAAGCUAUAGAAUCAUAUACCAAAGCUGAUAUUGAGAUUGAUACCAUCUUACCUGAGAAGGUAUGUCCUAAAUACCCCGAACAAUCAGAAGUCAACCCAUUAGUUAUAUUCCCACCUCCACUUUCAUCCAAGAAUAAGACCAAAGCAACAUUUAGUAACUUUAAGAAACCAUUAGUUGAUUUCGCUCGUUCAACUUCUUCCGAACAAAGACUUUUAGCAUUAGAUGAUCUGUUUAAAACAUCUCGUGGUAAAUUCGGUAGUAGAUUGACUGAAAGACAAAAGGAUAUUAUUAAUAGAGAAAAAAUUGGAGUUAAUAAGUUCUUACUUCAUCGUAUGAUUGAUGCGUUGAUAUAUUUAGGAAGAUAUGAACAAUUCCAUACAUCUAUCUUAUACAUAUUAUCCAAAUGGGGUGGAAUUCAUAUUCCAAAGAUUAAUGGAAGAUUACAACCAAGUUUAGAUGCGAUUUAUUUACCUAAAUUUGUUCAAAGUCCUGAAGAGAUUGAGGAAGUUAAAGCCUUAACUCAUGUCAAACAAUUUGAAGUUAAAUAUCUUGAAGAUGUAGUGGAUAUCAUUUCAGUUGAAAAUUUCAUUUUUAAAUUGAAUGAAAAUGUUAGAAAUGGAGGUAAAAAUUCUACUGCAUUGAUUACCGAGAUUUUUGGUAUGUUAGUAUCAAAACACACCAAUAUCAAGCAAGGGUUAAAGAUCAGAAAUAAGACGGUUGAUGCUAUGUUUGCUUCGUUUGUGAAGGAUCUCUUUUAUUUCAGUGAUUAUAACUACAAUACUUUAGUGUUACAGAAAGAAAACAAUCAAGUAUCUAAAAAGUCUAUCACUGCAGAUCAAUUACAAACUUAUUUAUCAUCUUUAGAUUCUUUCAUGACUUCAUUAUUAGUAUUGAGAAACGAAGAGAAAAAUUUUAUUGAUCAAGUUUUAUUCUCAAGUGAUAUUGAAUCUUAUAAUAAAAUCAUUUCUAGAAUUUAUGAAAAUGAAUGGUUAGAAAUUGAUGAAAAUGACUUACAGACCCACAAACAAAUCAUUAAAUCAGGUAUACUUUUCUAUAGACCUACCGAAUUAAGAAAGAUUGAAGGCAAAGAAUUAUCAUCUUCGGCCAUUUGUAAAUCCAUUAACUUAGUUUAUACUAAACUUAAAGAUGAAUCAGAGGAAAGUUUAUCUGAAAAGGAUAAAUCAUUAAUCAGAAACUUGAAGAAUUUACUUAAAAUCAAAUCAAGAAAGGAAAAUGAAAACUUAAGACCAUUCAUUGAAAGGAUAUAUUUAUCCAUUUAG